UGGGUUUUUGGUGACAUGAUCUUUGUGCUUGUUUACUGCACUGCGGGAAUUUCUGGAGGACACAUAAACCCAACAGUGACAUUUGGGCUGUUCUUGGCUCGGAAAGUGUCGCUGAUUCGAGCAGUGAUGUACAUGGUGGCUCACUGCUUGGGUGCCAUAUGCGGAGUUGCGCUUGUGAAGGCCUUCCAGAGCUCCUACUACGACGUCUACGGCGGCGGCGCGAACGAGCUCUCCACCGGCUUGGGCGCCGAGAUCAUCGGAACAUUCGUGCUUGUCUACACCGUCUUCUCCGCCACCGAUCCUAAGAGAAGCGCCAGAGACUCCCAUGUCCCUGUAUUGGCACCACUUCCAAUUGGGUUUGCUGUGUUCAUGGUUCACCUAGCCACCAUUCCGGUCACCGGCACUGGCAUCAACCCUGCUAGGAGCCUUGGAGCUGCUGUUAUUUACAACCAAGAAAAGGCUUGGCAUGACCAUUGGAUGUUUUGGGUAGGACCCUUCAUUGGUGCAGCCAUUGCAGCCUUCUACCACCAGUUCAUCUUGAGAGCUGGAGCCAUUAAAGCUCUCGGGUCAUUCAGGAGCAGCUCCCAUGUCUGAUUUUUCAGAAAAUUAAAAAAAAAAAAAAAAAA